ACAAUUGCAUAUUCCCUUUCCCGUCAGCACACCAAUCUUUUUGUUGUUCCCCUUUCUUGGAGAGCCCUCUCCAAGAAAGGAAGCGUAUGAAAUUGCGCCCUCCUACAUUUACUCCCAUGAUGCCUUUCAUGCGGCGAUACGAAACCCUAUUAAAUUCAUCUCCAUGUUUGUUUGAUUCGCUUCAACAAGUUGCUUGUGUGGCCGCAACUAUUAAAGCGUAACCCACAAAUUGAUCAUCAUACGACUUGUAACCAAGACACAUGAUCCAGUCGUCAUCCUAUAAAUUUUAAUAAUAGAAUUCAUCUCUUUUUGCGGAGAAGGAUUUGGUCUUUUUGGGUUGCGGAUUUUCUUGCUGCAUCAAAUAGUUUGCAUAUUAUCCGCUGCAUUUCACAGCUCAAAAUCCAAAAUAUUCCGUGCAAUUUGUUACAAGAGCAGAGGCGAGGAAAAACGAAGUUAACAAAAGAGGCAAGGGUUUGUUUUGGUGAAGUCUCAGUGCCAGGCUUACGAAAGCUGACAUUUGACCCAUCUUUCCCCAAAUUUGUAGAGUUUUUGGAAGGCAUGCUUUAGCGGGGAGUCAUGGAUUCGUCUAAUGCGGUUCCUGCGAUCAGUUCCGGCCCUCAAAUGCAGGAGGAGAUCAGGCAACACUCGGCGAUCUCAAAAUCGAAGAGGGAGCCACAAAUUCAGUUGGAAGACCUGGUGCUGACAAAACAUCCUUUUGAGACAUUGAAAUUCUUCACUUUGGCUGUUUGGCAACAGCUUAAGCAGUUUUUUAUAUAUGCUAUGACACAAGGAUGGUUGUUUCUCUUGAUUUCUCUUUUGAGUACAGCUUUGGGAGUUACAUUUUUGACAGUAAAAGGACCACAUGAGAAGCAUGUGGAUGAGCUUCUUCGGUAUAUCAGAUUUGGGCUAUGGUGGAUUGGUCUUGGUGUAGCUUCGUCAAUUGGACUAGGUUCUGGCUUGCACACAUUUGUGUUGUAUUUGGGUCCUCAUAUUGCUUUUUACACCAUAAAAGCUACUCAAUGUGGACGAAUCGAUUUGAAGAUAGCUCCAUAUGAUACCAUCCAGCUGAGUAGAGCUCCAUCAUGGAUUGAUAAGCCCUGUGAAGAGUUUGGCUCCCCAUUGUUUCCUCGUCUGCCUAAUUCCGAGCGCUUUAGGACUCCACUUUUUAGCAUUUUACCUCAGGUCCAACUUGAAGCUGUUCUUUGGGGAUUGGGGACGGCUCUUGGGGAACUUCCUCCUUAUUUUCUCUCACGGGCAGCACGCUUGUCUGGUAAGAACUUGGAAGUACUGGAGGAGUUGAAUGCUACUGUUGAUGAGGGAAGUGGAACUUUGUCAGUCUGGUUGAAUCGUUUGAAGCGCUGGGCUUUCUCAAAGUCACAGCAUCUGAAUUUUUUUACUAUCCUUGUGCUUGCAUCUGUACCAAAUCCCUUGUUUGAUCUUGCAGGCAUGUUGUGUGGACAAUUUUCAAUCUCUUUCUGGGAAUUUUUUACUGCAACCUUAAUUGGAAAGGCUGUGUUCAAAACACACAUACAAACUGCUUUUAUCAUCUUGGUUUGCAACAAUCAACUGGUUGAGUGGGUGGAAAAUGAGUUUAUAUGGAUACUAGAGCAUAUACCAGCGCUAUCUCACAUUCUACCCCAUCUCAUGGAGAAAUUGCACACUGCAAGAGAGAAAUUUUACCGUCCAGAGAUUAUACCACCAAACAAAGCAAAGGGUAAAAGAUGGAAUUUCUCAGUUGCCCUCAUCUGGAACACAUUUGUAUGGCUUAUGCUUAUUGGCUUCUUCAAUCAAAUAAUUACAGCAACUGCCCAAAGUUAUGUUAGGGAGAGGCAGAAAAAAGAGAUUGGUUCCUUGACAUCAGAGCAGGUUUCCGAAAGGCAUCCAGAAAGAUUGGAUUCAUCUAAUGGAACAGAGGAUCUAAAGUCUGAAUGAAGAAAUCGGUCUCCAGCUUUCCCUGCUAGCUCAAACAAAGGUAGGACCAAUGUCUGGAUUCUGGCAACACCUACAGAAUAGAGUCUCGCCUUUGCAGCUACACAAUUUCUUCUAUUAUGGAUAACAUCAUCAGUCAGACAGGAUCUCCAUUUAUUUGUAUAAAAUGAAAUGUUGGUCAUUGGCAAUGGUAUGUUAUUUAUGUACAUUGAGUUGAAUCUGCUCGAUGUGCUCACUGUAUUUAUCUCAAGGCAUUUCUCAUGCACAUUUUUUUGAAAGUGGGAAGGCCGUGACUUGCACUUUUUUAAUUUUUAAUUGCCUUGAAUUCAAGGCUAUUUUGAAUCAAUUGUCAAAUACAAGAUUUCUGUCAUUCAUAUGCA